AUGGAACUUGCUCUAAUCACAGCAGCCAUAGUUCUCCUGGCCAUAUUCUUCUGGUUUCAACGCCAAGGCUCCAAUCUGCCACCAUUCCCCAAGAGGCCACUGCCCAUAUUUGGUAAUCUGUUUCACAUGGAGGACAACCCACGACCUCAGUUUCAGAAAUGGCGCGAACAGUUUGGAGAUGUCUUCAGCCUAAACAUGGCAGGGAAACUGGUAGUUGUUCUCAAUGGGUUUGACGUCAUGAAGGAGGCCUUUGUGAAGAAAGCUGAUGUGUUUUCAGACAGAAGUCCAGUCUUCUUUGACCAGGUUAGCGGUUUCGCUGGCAAAGGAAUUGGAUUUUCGUCUGGUGCUAUUUGGAAGGAACAACGAACAGUCGCAAUAUCUAUUCUGAGAAAGUUUGGAAUGGGUAAGAACUUUCUGGCAGAGAAGAUUCAGGAAGAGGUGGACGCCUACCUGAAAUGCCUGGCGCAGAUAAAAGGAAAGCCAACAAACAUUCGAACAAUAACAAAUGUAAGCGUAUCUAACAUCAUCUGCGCCAUUAUCCUUGGUCGUAGGUUCGAGCAUGACGAUAAAGCGUUUGUCAGUUUAAUGGACCAUCUAAAUGACAUCGUGUUGAACCAACAAAACGUGGGUGUAAUCAACUUUAUCUCUUGGCUUAUGUACCUACCCGGGGACCUAUUUAAAGCUAAAGCAAUCAUUCACAGUAUUACUUCUAUCGUGAAUUUGUUGAAUGAAUUUAUAAAUUCCAAAAGGCAUGAUGAUAUUGACUACGAGAAUACAGAUAACUUUAUAGAAGCAUAUUUGGCCGAAAGAGACAAAAAAGUGAAAGCUGGGUUGUCUACAUACAUGGAUGACGCCAAUUUGAAUAAAUCUAUUAACGAUCUUUUUGGCGCUGGAACCGAGACAAUGAGUACAACCAUUUGCUGGUUUGUUCUUUACAUGCUCAAUUUCCCAGAUAUACAAGAGAAAGUGUACCAGGAAAUCAAGGAACAGAUAGGACUGAAUCGUCAGCCAAACAUUCAAGACAGAAACAAACUGCCGUUUCUCAAUGCUGCCAUCAUGGAAACCCUUCGAAAGGCCAGUCUUGUCCCUCUGUCACUGAUGCACACUUGUUCAGAGGAGGCGACCCUAAGAGGCUACACCAUUCCCAAGGGAACAUUCAUUGUUCCUAAUCUGGACUCAGUUUUACUGGACAAAAACGUCUGGGGUGAGGAUGUCUUGACGUUCAGACCUGAGCGGUUCCUGGACGCCAACGGUAAAGUAAAAGAUCGAGAAGAACUGAUCCCUUUUGGUAUUGGUCGACGUGCUUGCCUCGGCGAAGCGUUAGCUCAAAUGGAACUGUUUUUGUUCCUUUCCAAUAUGUGUCAACGAUUUCAGUUUCUGCCAAAAGACAAGGUGCCCCCGAAACACACAGAUUAUGUGUUUGGAUUCACGUGUACCCCAUGCCCAUAUGAAGUACGAAUUGUAGAAAGACAUGAGAGGGUUUAA